CUGUGCUCAGUUCUUGUGCGUGAGCCCGCAGCGAGCCCGUCGCUCCGGCGCUUUGCGAGCGACCUGGUCCCGACGUCAGCGACGGGCCCGGUACUUCUCCCGGCGGCAGGUGUGCGGGGCGGAGCCGUCGGCCUCCCAGCCCGGUAGGGGAUCCGAGCGACGCGGUGCCGACAGACACUGCCGACGUGCCGGCGUGAGCACCCGCACACUGAUCCGCGGGGAGAGGGAGAGAGUCAGCCAGAGCGGGCAGCCCGCCGUGUCCAGACAGCGCGCAGAGCCCGACAGCAGCCCGACCAUGACUGCGCCACGAGCGCCGAGCCCCCCGGACAGCCUGCUCGGCUCGUGGGAGGAGCUGCAGGCGUGCGAGGCAGGUGUGGAGGGGCCGGCGCGCACCCACUCCUCCCUCCUGCAGGGAGAGCUGGAGAGCAUCCUGCUGGAGGCCCAGCUGGAAUCCGAGAGGGGCAGCCGGACGGACAGCCCUCCUCAGGUUCUGAGCCCCAGGAAUAGAGCCUCCCCCAGGACUGAGAGUGAACCAGGCAACAGCACCGAGCAUCCCACAGUACAGUCGGAGGAGUGGCAGUGUCCGAAUACUGAUGUUGACAGAUCCGGAAGUUCACAGUGGGUGUGGGACUGGGCCAGUCGACCCGAGAAUCUUCCACCAAAGGAGUUCCUGUUCCAGCACCCCAAGCAGACGGGAUCUCUGAGUGAGAGGAAGAGGAGUUUCUUCUCCUCUGACCUUCUCUUCCUCUUCAUCCCCUCCAUACUGGCCUCACAUCUGCUGACACUGGGCCUGGGGAUCUACAUUGGCAAGCGUCUGGCCGCCUCCUCUGCGGGUGCGCUGUGAGCCGGCGGACAGCUCUGGGCAGCGGACCCCUGUGUGUCGUCCUGUCUGCCCUCCACCCUGGGCUAUGUGCCCCUCCCCAGUGUGGGGGUGCUGGGCUUGUAUCAGCGCUGUCACUGUCCAAACAGUCCUUCCCCUCCCUCGUGCCCUGCCAGUGUCCUGUAGCCCCGCCCUGUUUGGACAUGUAGGUUUUUAAGGAUAGCAGCCCUCUCUCCCCAGGGAGGGAGCAGUACAGACACGACAGCCCUGGGGUGGGGGGCUCGUUUUACAAUGGCGGGGCUUGGAGUGCGAAAGAGAGUGGGCGGUCAUCAGUCCUGGUGUCAAGGAGCCCAGAGACCUCCUCCAUCCCCAGGGCUGCUCUGAGCCAGACCCUGCUGCCCCCCCAGUGGCACAGGCUGGCGUGCGGAGGAUCACACUGGACAGCCACCACUGACCGCCCCUGACGCGCCAGUCUGUCACAGUCUGCACUCAGUCCUUAACAUAAGUCAUUAAGGUCUUGAGAGCUCAAGGAUGCUCAGAGCUUUGUCCUAGAUGACCUGCCAAUUACUUAAUUUAACAAGUCACCUGUUUGACUGGUCACAGAUAAAAUGGCCUAGGUUUGUAGAAGCACAUGAUUUAGCACUCGGCUGCAGAGCACGCUGGUCUGCUGCUCCCCAUCGCCGGGCGGCUUUGGAACCAGGGCUCACGAUUUCUGCAAAGCAGACGGACUGUUGCAGCCAUAACUACAGAACUGUUAGACUUCAGACACGUCCUGCUCGGGGCCCAGCGCACGCAGGAGCUCAUGAGGACAGCAGUAGGGUGCACGGCUUUACUGUGGGGUCACUCUUAAAGAGAUGCUCGCAAAUCCAGUUCCCUCUGCUGUGGCCUCUGUGCUCUCUGCCCACCUGCCCUGGCGCACUGUGAAAAUCCUCUUCAUACACAAACACUUUUAAUCCCAAGUGAAAAUGUGCUCUCUAACCCUUCACAAAUACUACUCAAAUGAUCUGUCACUCUACAGUGCAGCUAUUUGCAAACGGAGGAGUGCUGUUCCUACCGGCCUGCCUCCAACACCAGUCGGGGUCCAGCAGCCUGAACAUCCCGGGAUCUCGCUCAGCCCAUUCCCGAAGGAAUUGGGUAUCUGCAUGGACAGCGUGGCCUGUGUAGCCUGCAGCACUCCUCCAGCUGCACAGACCCGAGAGAAACACUCAUUUCAUGUCUCAGCCCAAAGCCCUUCCAUUGUCUAAGCGUUUCCCACGGCCGUCUCCGAGACACCCUGCGUCACCCUGUGCUGUUCUUCUGUUGGUGUAUUACUACAAAUAAACUACCCUCCA